UGGGGAUUAACGGUACAAAAUCCUCAAACGGUAAAAAAACCUCAAACAGUACAAACCCCUUUUGCUGAACCUUCAACGGAAUUCAAUAUCAAUUUGGACUCAAACACCAUAAACAUGCUAAAAAAAGGGAAGGAGAAUCUGAAAAAGCCCUCGGUAAGAAAAGCUGGCCCCGUUAAACAGAGAAAGCUGAACCAGCUACUAACAGAGGAGGCGGUUCCCACCGUUAAAACCAGAAGUUCAUACACGGUAAACAGAUCUAGAGUUACUGACGACGGUUCUGACUGUGAUUCUGAUGGCGGGGAUAAGUCUGUCAGUUUUAGUGACUUCUCUAACUCAGAGGAUCUACAAGGAGAUGCGGUAGAGUCUGAUAGUCAACAUGCAAAUGGCUCCGAUAGCCACCAUGCAACUGGCUAUACCACAGAGUCCGACAGUGAAAAGGUCUAUUUUUCUGAAACUCAUAGCGAAGGUGGAGAUGGAGAGGAGGAUAGAGAUGUCCUUCAAGUUGAUACUAAAGUAGUUGAUAUCGAUAAACCUUCAAUUGAAGAAGUUGUUAAGGUAAUUGACACUCUCAAUUAAGGAUUUAGAACCUAUCUAAAUGAAUUUGGACAAUUUAAACUAAAGAUCACCCAGAGAUGUUCGCUGGGUAGGUUUGACAAAUUCAAGGAGAUGUUAAAGAAAUUUGAUAUUUAUAAAGAUUUCGAGGAUAGUUCCUUUGGGAAAUUUCUUCAAAUGUCACAAGGUUGGACCUUUAAUGAGCAAUUAGCUCGAAAUAUUUUUCUCAGUCGGAUAAUUUGUGCAAAGAAGAAUGAACUGUGGAUACUUUUCCAUGGAAAGCCCCUCUGUUUUGGAUUGAGAGAGUUUGCGCUUAUGCCUGGGCUUAACUGCGGUGCAAAACUCAGUGAUGCUAAAAUUGACAAAAUCAUACACACUAGUGGCGCUGAAAAACUAAAAGGCAUGUCGUGCAAAAAGUAAAUUUACAUGCGAGAAACUAGAAAAGAGGAUAGCUAGCAAUUCUUUGAAUCAUGAUAUGAAGCUAAAGAAGAGUUUGUUGUGGUUUGUGCACAACAUCCUGAUGGUUGCCAACAAAAACAGUAAGGUCAACGAAAAAUGGGUCAGGAUGGCCGACAAUCUAGAAUUUUUCCAAGCUUACCCAUGGGGUCGUGAAAGCUUUUCCUGUUUAAUGAAGGCUCUGCAAAGGGACCUUCACUGGGUAUAUCAUGAACAGGUUCCAAACAAAUGCGAAUACAGAUACGUGCAGCUCUUUUUUUUUUCACAUACGCAUUCAUGGCUUGGGCAUUCGAAGCUAUACCAACAAUAGGCAUUUCAAUUACCAAAACAGAUGUAGUGGGCCUGCCAAGAAUGCUAUGAUGGCAGCAAAGUAUGACACUCGCUUGGUGGCAAGAAAUUGAUCCAUUUGCUUGUGAUGAUGCAGACACUGAAUCCACUAUGCACCCUUUCGUUAUGCCUACUCACCGCGAGAUGGAUCAGAAAUUCAUGAAGGAAUUUGUUGAAAUUGAGGAUGACGCUGUGAAUGAAAGAAUUGACAGACUAAAAGAAAAUUUGGAAGGGGCGACAGUAAUAAAGUGCGCUACCACUAGAAGAAUUGAUCAUGCACCACCGGCUACGCCUCAUAAUGAUAAAGAAAUGUAUGAAGCUGAUCAAGACAGAGAAGGUGUAGGGGUUCAGGGUGAUGGCCAAGGGACAUGUGGCGUGGAAGCUGGUAUAUGCUGUGGUGGAGGAACAUGUCCACGUUGGGGCUGUGACCCGUUGCUGCAAAAGAACUUGUUAGCAAGGAUGGAACGACUUGAACAGGCUUGUGGGACUGAAGUAGCCUUCAAGGGCCGACUGAUAUUAUUGAAAAGAUCCUCGAUGCGCCAAGUGACAACAUUAAACAUAACAUCGAAGCACUAGUUUGCGGUGUUAUUGUUGACAAGAGGGAAGGAAUAAGUGAGAUAUUAGGAGCGAGCAAGUUUGACAAAGAGGGGCUCAUUGCAGAUAUAAAAAUGACAGCUGAAAUGAAAUAACAAAGGGCGUCCUGAAAAUGGAGGAAAUUUUAACAUCUAUUAAAGAGAGCAUGCAGAACCACGAUGAUAAUAUUACAGGCAAGACACCGUCGUUGAAAAUGAUACUUCCCGGGCCUGUGUUACAUGGCCAGGGCAGAAGCUAAUUGUAACUCCACGUAGUUUUUGGCCAUGUAGGGCUUCCAAGUAGGAUUUGGGAACAUAUCAGAUGUAUUCUGCAGCAUAUUAAGUAGUCAACUAUGUAUUAUCUUCGUUAAUAGCAGUUAUGGUGUUUUACAUAUA